CUGACUCCUGAGUUCUCACAGCGUUUAACCAAUAAGAUUCGAGAGCUCCUUCAGCAAAUGGAAAGAGGCCUAAAGUCAGCAGAUCCCCAGGAUGGCAGUGGAUACACUGGCUGGACAGGCAUUGCUGUGCUUUACUUACAUCUCUAUGAUGUGUUCGGGGACCCUGCCUACUUGAAGAUGGCGCACGGCUAUGUAAAGCAAAGCCUAAACUGUUUGAGCAAGCGUUCUAUCACCUUCCUGUGUGGCGAUGCAGGCCCCCUGGCUGUGGCUGCUGUGCUGUAUCACAAGAUGAACAGUGAGAAGCAGGCAGAGGAUUGCAUCACACGGCUCAUUCACCUAAAUAAGAUUGAUCCCCACGCACCAAAUGAAAUGCUCUAUGGUCGAAUAGGCUACAUCUUUGCUCUGCUUUUUGUCAAUAAGAACUUUGGAGAGGAGAAGAUUCCUCAAAACCAUAUUCAGCAGAUUUGUGAAUCAAUCUUAAACUCUGGGGAAAACCUAGCUAGAAAGAGAAACUUCACAGCCAAGUCUCCACUGAUGUACGAGUGGUACCGGGAAUAUUACGUGGGAGCUGCCCAUGGCCUGUCAGGAAUCUACUACUAUCUAAUGCAGCCUAGCCUUCAGGUGAGCCAAGCAAAGUUACAUAGUUUGGUGAAGCCCAGUGUAGACUUUGUCUGCCAGAUGAAGUUUCCUUCUGGCAAUUACCCUUCAUGUUUGGAUGACUCCAGAGACCUGCUUGUCCACUGGUGCCACGGUGCCCCUGGGGUCAUCUACAUGCUCAUCCAGGCCUACAAGGUGUUCAAAGAGGAACAGUAUCUUCGUGAUGCCUACCGCUGUGCUGAUGUGGUCUGGCAGUAUGGACUGCUGAAGAAGGGCUAUGGGUUGUGCCAUGGUGCUGCAGGGAAUGCCUAUGCCUUCCUGGCACUCUACAACCUCACACAAGAUGUGAAGUACCUGUACAGGGCCUGCAAGUUUGCUGAAUGGUGCUUAGAUUAUGGAGACCAUGGAUGCAGGACACCGGACACCCCCUUCUCCCUCUUUGAAGGGAUGGCUGGAACAAUCUAUUUCUUGGCUGACCUGUUAGUUCCCACAAAGGCCAGGUUCCCUGCAUUUGAGCUCUGAAAGGGCAGCAUGGCCCCUGCAGCAUGACCCUCCGUGUGUCCCAGCCUGGGCUAAGUGCUUCCGUUGCUCUUGAAGGAGCAUAAUGAAACUGUGUACUUGAGAGUUGGCUUUUUAUUUCCAUAAUUUGUCUUUAGCAGUUCAGCGCCUUCCUUUUCUUACUUUUAUUUAAAAGUGUAAGUGAAAGUCGUCUUAAUUUUCUUCCAUGAGAAGGAUGAUUGACAGGUAUGGUAUUUUGUGGCCAUUUACAUGUAUUUACAGACUUGGAGGAAAUCUUACUCUUAUUUAAUUUUAUGAAUGUAAAUCAUGUGUUAGUGCUCUUGAAAAUGUUUUCUAAAAACUCAGUAAGCCAUACCUGGUAGCAUGUUAUCCCAUCUACUGAGGAGACUGAUACAGGAGGACCACAAGUUCAAGGCCAACCUGAGCAACUUAGUGAAACCCUGUUCCCAAAUAAAGAGAAGAGAGAGGUCUGGGGUAUAGCAGAGUGGUAGACCACUUUCCUAGCACACAAGAAGCCCUAGGCUCUGUCCCCAGCCAUAUUCUCUCUCUCUCUCUCUCUCUCUCUCUCUCUCUCUCUCUCUCUCUUACUCUGUGUCUUGCUCUGUUCUCUCAGCUCAGGUAGACAGAGAUUAUAUGUAGGUGGCCAUUGUUGAAUAUUGCCUUCCAUCUCUUCUGUUGAAUAUUUUCCCCCCAACAAAGAGUAGUAUUAUGACUUUAUUUUCUCCAAGUGGUUGAUUAUUAAAGGGGACAAAAAUAUAGCCCAUGCUUCUGGAAGAAAAACUGUAAGAAUUACAGACUAAACGUGGCACCUAAAUGCCAUCUUUUAAACUUCUGUUUCCUGUCUGAACUAGAAGUAUCAUUUUCAGUGAGCCACAUAGGCACUGUAUUCCAGCAAUGUUAUCAAAACUUAAAAAUGGUUGUGAUGCACACACCAACCUGAAAGUUAAUUCACCAACAACAGGUCCUUUUUUCUGUUUUAUUUUGGAAAUGUUUAGUUUAAGAGUGUUGUCCUUCAGUGUUCAUAUGGGAUCUGGAAGUAGAUUUUCUAUGUGAAUUUGCUGAGACAGGAUUCCAGCCUCACCUUCAGCCACAUUCAGAAGUUUGGCUUAGGUUUUCCUUGAUUUUUGUUGACUAUGCCUGAGUGCCACGUGUUACCCCUUCCUGUCCAUUGAUGUGAACAUUGAUAUUUCACUCAAUAGUGCAGAAUCUACUAUGCUCACAAAGAAGGUGGGAAGAGAGAUGCUGUAACCAAUAGCUUCUAAGAGAACAGAGCUUUUGCCAGUCGGUGGUGUCUCAAGCCUUUAGUCCCAGUACUCACUCGGGAGGCAGAGGCAAGCGGAUCUCUGUGAGUUCAAGGUCAGCCUGGUCUACAAAGCGAGUGCCAGGACUGGCUCCAACGCUACAUAGAGAAACCCUGUCUCGAAAAACCAGAGGGCGGGAGGGAGGUAGAGAGAGAGAGAGAGAGAGAGAGAGAGAGAGAGAGAGAGAGAGAGAGAGAGAGAGAUCGAGCAGAGUUUUUGAUAAGAACAUCUGAUGUUAUAGCCUCCAUGCUUGUAACAGAUUCACGUUUGCAUAUCCCAAGCGCAACAGCCUUCUGAGACCAUGGAGUCGGGUUGGUUUGUACAUGGAGACUCCCUGGUGCUUCAAACUCGGAACAAAUGCUUUUUGACUCAGCUCCUCCGUCCCUCCUCAUAUCACAGGCCUCUCAAGACCUUUGUAACUGACUUGGGAACAUUUUCCAGCUUUAGUGCUACAGGUCUGUGCUGUUUUGUGGCUCUCUUGGUUGUGCUAUUUUUAUUGGGAAUCAAGUCCCCAUGGAGUGUGUGCUAGUUGCUAUGAGGAAUAAUCCCCUCUUAGUUUCUGACUUGUACCAAAAUAGCUAAUAUGAGAAAUUUUCCAGCCCUUUAGGCUACCUACAGCAGGAUCCAAAGAGCAGCUCAGUGUUCAAUUCCUAGGGUUGGAAUGUUCCUUUUGUAGCCCCUGUACGUCAGGGACUUGUGUGACUUCCCCCUCUGCAGUGCUGCUGGAAGCUGUGUCAGACUAACUGGUAAAGGCUGUGCCUCUUAUGGUGUCAGUAUUUAUAAGAGCCUUUCACAGCAGAGCGUACCCAUUUGGCCGGACUUCCUGCUUUAGAAAAGAAAGUCCACUUGCUUUAGUUACAUGGCUUAUAUUCUGCCUAUACUUUAAACUACUGUAGUUACUUACUAAAAGACAAAGAAGCAGUGUUCUGGUUAGUUGAGAGUCUUGAUCACAGUGCCUCCCCAGGCAUCCUGAUUAAUGUAGCCCCAGAAAGAACUCAAAGCCGGAAGAGUGUUUUGAGUGACACUCUUGUUACUGUCUGAGCUGUUUUCUACAUAUUGCCAUCCAUUAGUAGACCCAUGGACACAAACAGUUCAGCUUUCCAUCUUCACUGUGGCUUUUUAAAACUGACUACACUGACAAAGAGUCUGUGCCACUUGUGUCCUUACACUAUAGAGCCACGAGAGUUUUCUGGGGCUUUUAAACUCAGGUACAGUACAAAGCCCACACCAACACCUCCCCUCUGAGGAAGAGACAGGAGGAAUUGUUUUCACUUCAGCAUUGUGCAGAAGCAGUGUUGUUGCUUUCCAUCCUCAGAUAUUUUUCUAACUGGUUUAAAAACCUUCCAGAGAUUGCUUCCGGAAAACUCGGUGGCAUUGCUAAUCGUCAUCCAGAGACUAGAAGGUAAAAUGUUCAGAGCCUGUCCGGCAGUGCAUUUAAGCCAUUGUACAGUUCUGCCCUUAACUUUUCAUCAUGUAAAAUGUCAGCAUUACCAUGACUGCUUCCAUAGUUCCUCCCAGGUGUUCAUCCCAUUCUGUCUGUCAGUCUUUCGUCCUUAGAGUCAUCGGGUUCCCUUUUCAUCACUCAUUUGACUGCAGAACCCCCAUGUAGCUAGAGUUAGCUAAAGGGGGUCUAAAGGUAUUCUUUCUCCUUAUUCCCAUUUCCCUGAGUAACGAACCACAGCACUCCGCUUCUGUGUCCUCAGGUCAGUUUGUAUCUGGUAUUUUGGUGCUCUUGCCUUCUACCCCCUAAUUCUGAAAUAAACCAUGUGAGUGGAACAUUGACUUACUUCUUAGGCUCCUAGAAAUAGGUGUAGUCCCUACUUACUCAUCCUGCUUUCCAGUUCCUCUCCUGCAUCCCUGAAACAUGGCAGAGCGUGUUUCCGAGUUCUCUGUACCACCAGGCUAUAGGAGAACUGUUCAUAUCCUGUAAACUGGAAUCAGUCUUGGGAACAUUUGGCAUCACCCAAGAUUACAUUGACCCUUACUGGGAAGGGCUGGGAUCGUAUCUGUAUUGACUGACUGGCCUUCAAUAAAAUGUUACUAGGCCUGA